GCUCCGUGGUGGUGAUGCAGUAGAGAGCCUGUUGUGUGUGUGAGUGUGUGUGUGUGUGGAGCCCAAAGUAAAGAAGUAAACGGGGGAGGGUCGGUCGGUCGGUGCUACCGGGGGGCUUCGGACUCUCACAAUGCGUCUUUCACGGAGCUGAAACUGCUGAACGGUGUCGGUUGAGCCAUGAGCCAAGUCCGCCGGUCGCCUCGCGCGCACUGAGCCACUCCUGAGCCCGGGAAAAAGGAACGGAGAGCGAGUCGUUUUGUCGGCGGAGCGGAGCGAGCAUGAAGCCGCGCGCGGUGCUCCUUGCUGGGCGUCUGACUGGGGAAUGGUAGCGUCCCAACGGAGCCGCACUGGGAAGGAACAUGGUCGAGAGGAGCAGCAAAUUCUUGUUGAUCGUCGUCGGAUCCGUGUGUUUCAUGCUGAUUCUGUAUCAGUACGUGGCUCCCGGGGUGAUCAAUUUCGGCUCCCCGCACGGUUAUUUCACGGAGGAAGACGAGGGGGACAUCUUCCCCACUCCGGACCCCCACUACGUUAAGAAAUACUUCUUCCCCGUCAGGGACCUGCAGAGGACGGUCGAUUUCCAGAUAAAAGGGGAGGACGUGAUCGUGUUUUUGCACAUCCAGAAGACCGGGGGGACUACCUUCGGCAGGCACCUGGUGCAGAAUGUCCGUCUGGAGGUCCCCUGCGACUGCAGACCGGGCCAGAAGAAGUGUACCUGCUACCGGCCGAACCGCAAGGAGACCUGGCUCUUCUCCCGGUUCUCCACCGGCUGGAGCUGCGGCUUGCACGCCGACUGGACCGAGCUCACCAACUGUGUGCCGGGGGUCCUCAACAAGAAGGAGAACAAGCAGAAAAAUCAGAGGAAGUUCUACUACAUCACUCUGCUGAGGGACCCCGUGUCUCGAUACCUCAGCGAGUGGCGCCACGUGCAGCGAGGCGCCACGUGGAAAACCUCGCUGCACAUGUGUGAUGGGCGGACCCCGACGCCCGAGGAGCUGCCCUCCUGCUACGAGGGCACCGACUGGUCGGGCUGCACCCUGCAGCAGUUCAUGGACUGUCCCUACAACCUGGCCAACAACAGACAGGUUCGUAUGUUAGCCGACCUGAGCCUGGUCGGCUGCUACAACAUGUCCACGGUUCCAGAGAAGAAGAGGGCCCAGCUGCUCCUGGAGUCGGCCAAGAAGAACCUCCGAGACAUGGCCUUCUUCGGUCUGACGGAGUACCAGAGGAAAACCCAGUUCCUGUUUGAACGAACCUUCAGGUUACGCUUCAUCAGGCCGUUCAUGCAGUACAACAGCACCAGAGCUGCUGGGGUCGACCUGGACAACGCCACCGUGCAGCGCAUCGAGGAGCUGAACGAGCUGGACAUGGAGCUGUACGACUACGCCCGGGACCUCUUCCAGCAGCGCUACCAGUACACCCGCCAGCAGGAGCGGCGGCAGCAGCGCAUCAAGAACCACCUGCAGCAAAGCCACCAGGGCCUGGGCCUGGGGGUCGGCCUGUGGCCCUCCCACAGCCGCCAGAGCUCCGUGUCCACGCUGGAGGACGGCGGCGGCGGCGGCGGCGAGGGGGAGGAGCAGCGGGAGGAGGGCGAGGAGGGAGGAAGAACGGAGGAGGCGGGCAGCAGGCUCCCCACUGAGGACUACAUGAACCAGAUCAUCAACCGCUGGUAGCAGCAGAAUGAGAACAAACACACAGACAUGCAUAUGUAAUGUGAAACACACACACACACACAUGUACACACACACACACACACACACACACACACACACAGUGGCGCCUGCAUCAAAAGACCCGAGUGACAAACAGACUUUACUGGAGUUGGGCUGCAGGAAUGAGAGUCGCAGUGGUUGCUAUGGAAACCUGGGCUUGGUCGAUUGCAUCAGCUCACAUUAUUGAGGUUCGCCCAGUUGUUAUUAGCACCCGCUUGCCCUUUCCUCCCCCCUCCUCCUCAGUCUCUCCUAUCAUCAUUACCGACUGAGACGAGAGAUAUUUUUAAGAGUUGCUGACAACCGAGUAUCUCCUCCAUCUCCUCCUCUUCCUCCUCCUCCUCCUCCUCCUAUUCCUCUCGUUCUCUGUGGCCUAAUAUGGAGCAUGAGAAAAUAAAAUUAAGUCUGUGAAUUCCCACUAACUCUUGCUGAAAAAAGGACCAGUCUACUUCCUGGAAGCUAUAAAAGUACGCUGAGCUUGAACAGAACAAAGAAACCGGUGGGAGGACACGAGAGACUGAACCCUGAAAAAGGAUGAAAAGAAGAUAAAAGUUGGACUGAGUUGUGUAAUAAAGCUUUCUGCUUACGAAAAAAAAAAAAAAAAAAUCAGCCAUUUCACCCAUGAACACGCUUUAGUCAUGAAAUAAUGACAUUUUUAGGAUGAUUUGUAUUUUCCUUUUAUUUUUUUGUUGUUUUUUGCUUUUUUUAAAGCAGAAUUGUAAUAACACUGAGACCAAUAUUGCUGCCUACAGAAAAGUGAUUCCUUUAUUUCUUUAUUUUUAUUGGUUUUAUAAGUCAAAGCUAAUUAUUAAUGGA